AUUUCAUCUUUUUUCGCAAGAUGAAGUAUGAGUUGGCAAAAUACUUCUCAUUUUCUUGGAAGUCAUUCUAUAGCUGCCUAGAGACAUAUCUUUUACUAUGCAGUUAGUUUUAUUUUUUCAAGUUCUACUAAGUCUAGGAAAAGAUGUUGGUGUACUUUUGUUUUUGAUCCAGGGGGUGUUUGUUUAAUAACACAUGAACUUCCCCAUUCCUUCCAUUACUGGCUGCUGCUGUUGAGAUUUUAAAUAGUUGCAAGGGAACAAAAUUAGAAGGAAAAGUCAGUAUGGUGCUACCGAGUCACCAAACCUACAUGAUCACCAGGAGGACCAGGAUCAAACCUACUUGGAUGAAAGGAUCGCUAUUCCAGAUGUUGGUGGGUACGGUUUCAGUUUCAGAAAGCUUUGGGCUUUCACUGGGCCAGGAUUCCUCAUGAGUAUUGCCUACCUGGAUCCAGGAAAUAUAGAGUCAGACUUACAAUGUGGCGCUGUUGCUGGCUUCCAACUGCUCUGGGUCCUGCUUUGGAGCACAAUUUUGGGUCUACUCUGCCAAAGGUUGGCUAUACGGCUUGGAGUAGUUACAGGCAAGGACUUGGGAGAGAUAUGUUAUCACUACUAUCCCAAGGUCCCACGGGUGCUGCUCUGGAUUAUGAUCGAAAUUGCUAUAAUUGGCUCUGAUAUGCAGGAAGUUAUUGGAACAGCAAUUGCUUUCAACCUCCUUUCAGCUGGACGUAUCCCUUUGUGGGCUGGAGUCUUGAUCACAAUUGUGGACACCUUCUUCUUCCUCUUCUUAGAUAAAUAUGGUCUCAGGAAGUUAGAAGCCUUUUUCGCCCUCCUCAUUACUAUCAUGGCAGUAACGUUUGGCUAUGAGUAUGUGGUUGUAAAACCUGACCAAAAAGAGGUGCUGAAAGGGAUAUUUAUUCCUUACUGCAAGAACUGUGGACACGAGCAGCUUCUGCAGGCUGUGGGGUUGGUUGGAGCCAUCAUUAUGCCCCAUAACAUCUAUUUACAUUCUUCCCUUGUCAAGACCCGAGAAGUAGAUCGCACCAACCAGAAAGCAGUGAAAGAAGCCAAUAUGUACUUUCUGAUUGAAUCCACCAUUGCACUCUUUGUUUCCUUCCUCAUCAAUCUCUUUGUCAUGUCUGUGUUUGGCCAGGCUUUUUUUCAACGCAGCAACCAGGAAGCGCAUGAUGUCUGUGCCAAUCAGAGUUUAUUCUUGAAUCAGAGCAUUUUCCCCAACUUUCCUGAAAAUAAUGAGACUGUGACUGUAGAUAUUUUCCAAGGG